AUGUCCUAUAAAUACGACAAGCUCUCUUCCAUGGCUCCUGCGAAGGCUCUUGCACAGUCGAGAAACGUAGUGCAGUCCGCAAAACGCAAGUCACGACAUCCCGUUUAUCCCGAGGUCUUCGAACCUGUUAGCUUCUUUCAGUCUCUACCUCAACCAGCGCCGCCGAUGGACCCGUACAAAUCAUGGAGGAAGAACGUCUUCAUUUGGUCGUAUCGGGCUGACGGUGUCGCGCCCUUCAAGCCAGUCAAACUGCAUGCCAAGUUGUACAUGCCGCGCAACAUGCCGGAUGUCAACCGCGAUGUCAUUAAUGCAAUCGAGCCGGACUUGGCGAACAUUUCUAUGGAAUCUGUCAACGACGCGAUGAAGGAGAUGGGCGGGAAAUUGAUGGGUGCCUUCAAGCAUUUCAUUGUGGACCCCCCGAAGAGCCUUCAUGAUAAGGAGCUGGAUGUUCUCGUCACUGACAUUGGCCUGACUUGUGUCCCUACCCAUGUCUUUGCCGUGUUUGCUUCUGCGGCAAGUCAGCCAGACCUAAAUUCACCCUCUGAACGGGCUAGCCAUCCAGGAAGUGAACCCCGCAAGGUCAUCUUUAUUCCCAUUCACGCACUACCUUUUGUCACGGCUUGUGGCAACUUGCCUCCCAUGACUAAGUCUGACCCAAAAGUGUCUCACCCCAAGGAGCCUCUGCCAUCCGGUCAAGGCGGUCUGGUGUACCGUCUGCCUGUUGUACCACUGCGCCUCGCGAGGAUGGAAGGCUGGGACCCGCUCGUUGUUUGGCUGUAUUCUCGAAACAAGGAGGUCCUCAUGCGCACUCUUCUACCUAUGCCGCAGCUCGGGCCCAUUCCCAACCACCGCCUGGUCUAUCCCACGUCUCAGCCAGCAGUUCCUAGGGAGCUCCGCAUCGCACAGUAUGCGCCAGCGAUCAUUGAAGCCUGCAACAACAAUUCCCUCGAAAUAUGGAGGUGGAUGGUUAAGACAAAUUGUCUCUAUCUGAAUGCGAUGUCUCUGGCGAUAAAGGACCCAGAGCUCUGGGAGGUCAUGGGGAUCGCUUGGGAGUCGAUUAUCGGCGCGUUGAACCUAAUACAAAGCGCGGCGCUCGCGCGAGACGCUUCCCUAGUGGCGAGUGGCUCGGGAUUUCGAGACGAAGAAAUGGACGCCGGAGCGCCUGACAUGGACGUAGUCGAGUGA